ACCUCCUGAACUGCAGCUGCUGUGAUGAGAUCCUCUGUCCUAGGAUCAGUUUGUGCUCUUCUCUUGCUGCUGCGGGAGCCUGCAUGCCGGGGUGAUGAGGUUACCUCAAACACAGUGAACCCAUGCUGUUACAUCCCCUGUCAGCACUGGGGAGCGUGUGUGAGGUAUGGUGAGGACAAGUAUGAGUGUGACUGCACUUAUAGCGGCUACUACGGAGAAAACUGCACCAUCCCUGAGUUUUGGACCAGGGUGCGUCAGUUCUUGAAGCCCAGCCCGGAUGUGGUGCAUUACAUUCUCACACAUUUCCGCUGGCUCUGGGACAUCAUCAACUACACUUUCCUACGAGACGUUCUGAUGCGACUGGUUCUAACAGUGAGGUCCAACUUAAUACCCAGCCCUCCAACUUACAACUCAAAAUAUAGCUACCUCAGCUGGGAGUCCUACUACAAUCUGAGUUACUACACUCGGCUUCUGCCCCCAGUGCCACCGGACUGCCCUACACCUCUAGGGGUCAGAGGCAAGGCUGGGCUGCCUGACCCUGAGCUGCUGGUUGAGAGGCUGCUGAAGAGAAGGACCUUCAGACCUGACCCCCAGGGCACCAACCUCAUGUUCGCCUUCUUUGCACAACACUUCACCCACCAGUUCUUUAAGACCUACAAUCGCAUGGGUGUGGGCUUCACGAAGGCUCUAGCGCAUGGGGUCGAUGCAGGCCACAUUUAUGGAGACAACUUGGAACGUCAGCUCCUGCUCAGGCUUCACAAAGAUGGGAAACUUAAGUAUCAGGUAAUUGAUGGAGAGAUGUACCCUCCCUCUGUAGCUGAUGCACCGGUUAAGAUGAGCUACCCCCCUGGGAUCCCUCCAGAGAAUCAAAUGGCUAUUGGUCAGGAAGUUUUCGGACUUCUCCCUGGUUUGGGAAUGUUUGCUACGCUGUGGCUGAGGGAGCAUAACCGAGUCUGUGACAUCCUGAAAGCAGAACAUCCUACCUGGGAUGAUGAGCAGCUUUUCCAGACCACCCGCCUCAUUAUCAUUGGUGAGACAAUACGAAUAGUAAUUGAGGAGUAUGUGCAGCACCUCAGUGGAUACUUGUUAAAGCUGAAGUUUGAUCCUACACUGCUGUUCAACUCCCAGUUCCAGUAUGGGAACCGUAUCGCUCUUGAGUUCAGCCAGCUCUACCACUGGCACCCCUUGAUGCCUGACAGCUUCCUUAUUAACGGAGAUGAAGUGUCUUACACACAGUUCCUCUUCAACACUUCUGUUCUCACACACUACGGCGUGGACAAGUUGGUGGAUGCCUUCUCUCGACAAACUGCCGGCCAGAUAGGUGGAGGCCAUAACAUCAAUGCUGUGGUGACCAAAGUAGCUGUGGGGACCAUAAAGGAGUCGCGGCAGCUCCGGAUGCAGUCCUUCAACGAGUACAGGAAACGCUUUAACCUUAAGCCGUACACAUCGUUCAGACAAUUCACUGAUAACGAGGAGAUAGCCCGUGAGCUUGAAGAGUUAUAUGGUGACAUAGAAGCUCUUGAAUUUUAUCCCGGCAUGAUGUUGGAGAGAACAAGAUUGGGGGCCAUAUUUGGGGAGAGCAUGGUGGAGAUGGGCGCCCCAUUCUCCCUUAAAGGCCUUCUGGGAAACCCUAUAUGUUCUCCAGAGUACUGGAAGCCCAGCACCUUUGGAGGCAAAGUUGGCUUUGACAUAGUCAACUCUGCCACGCUGAAGAAGCUGGUGUGUCUGAACACCAGGACGUGUCCGAAUGUGGCAUUUAGAGUACCAGCAGAGGAGCAGUCACCAAGAGGGAAAGACGCUAGUAAAGAAAGGACUGAUGAGCUAUGACCCUUUCCAGACACAAGAAGGUUUUGGUUUGAGAUCCCUAUAUGAAGGUCAAAGAGGCUGCUGCUAAAAGACAAGAGUUAAAGACCUGUGUGAACAUACAGUAAAUGCACUGGACCAAGGACCCAGAGCUCAGUGUGACAUCAAACUUGCCUCUUCCUUUCAUUGCACUGUCUGCAUCACACUUGCACAAAGACAUCAGUGAGGAAACAAACGUGAUGUUUUUGAUUUGCUUGCUUUGUGUCUGAUGAAUGAAAUACCUUCAAAAUACAUGUUCACACUGUAAGAUAUUAACUGUCUAUAACUUUCUUUCAGAAGAAAUUAUUAAAAUCAAACUAUAGACAAGACAGAUUGUUGUACUUUAGUUAAAAUUGACAGAUUAAAGUCUUAAUUUUGACUAUCCAUUGUUCUGUACCUCUCAUAAGUCUCCAUUUCUAUCACCACGGCCAGUGUAUAUUUUGGCAAGAGACUGAAUACACAUGGUAACAGAAGACUGACCCGAUAGCAGGGUCUAAG